GCUUCUACUGCAUUGUUUAUAAAUGUGCGUCUUGAUUCGACCUCUUCCAUUGAACUUCUAACUUUUCACAACUCAAUAUGCCUGAGUUUACUGUUUUCAAAGGGUCCCCGAACGGAGAAAUCGUGGAAUGUCGGACCCGACGCCCUGAUCCCAGAGGAGAUGAAGUACUCGUUCGGGUUACGCAUUCUGGUCUUUGUGGAACCGAUGAACACUACCGGCACGCCGAUAUUGUCCUUGGACACGAAGGAGCAGGAUUGGUGAAAUCAGUUGGGUCCAAUGUCAUCUCAUUAAAGGUCCGUGAUCGUGUGGGUUGGGGGUAUGAGCAUGGGAGCUGUCGUCAAUGCAAGCAUUGUCUACGUGGAGAGGAACUGUACUAUGCUCAACGACGAAUUUAUGGGGAGUGUACGCCGGACCAAGGAUCCUUUGCUCACGCGGGUAUCUGGCCAGAGGACUUUCUCUACAAGAUACCAGAUGGAAUCUCCAAUGCAGAAGCCGCUCCUUUGAUGUGCGCUGGAAGUGCUGUGUUUUCUCCACUUCAAAAAUUCAAGGUUGCACCUACUGAACGCGUCGGUAUCCUCGGGGUCGGUGGUUUAGGCCACCUUGCGAUCCAGUUCGCUGCGAAAAUGGGCUGUCAAGUCGUGGUGCUAUCGGGAACAGAGACCAAAAAAGGGGAAGCGAUGGCGCUUGGAGCCAGUGAGUUCUAUGUUUUCAAGGACUAUAGCCCAACGAUGAAACCUCUGGAUCAUCUUCUGGUGACCUCAGCUCAACAGCCAAAAUGGGAGUUAAUCUGCCAGAUUAUGGCCCAUGGGGGCACUAUUUAUGCCCUCACUGUGGACAUGGAGGAAAUGAGAUUUCCAUAUCCGCAGCUGGUCAUGAAAGCAUUACGCAUUCAGGGCAGUCUACCGGCAGCUAGAGAAAGUCAGCGCGAAAUGUUGGAAUUUACUGCCCGCCACAAAAUCAAGCCUAUUACGAUGGUCUUUCCACUGAACCGGGAGGGGAUAGAAGAAGCGAUGGAAGUCCUUCGGCAAGGCAAAAUGAGAUACAGGGGUGUGCUUGCCCAUCGAAUGUGA